AUGGACGACAAGCAGAUAAAAAUGUCACAAGCUUCUGCAGCCAACGACUACGCUCACGAGGCCGGUUUCUCUAGAGAGGAGAUAACCAAACGCUACACGGAGUGGGCGAGAGGCGCAAAAUACGAGCAAGAUCUUAACGAAGAACACUUUCGAGGCCCGUUGAUCACAGCGGAGACGAUGGGGAAGCUGUACCCUGACGAAGCUUCUAGAAAAAAUCUCAACAUUCUUGAUGUAGCUGCGGGCUCAGGAUUGGCAGCUGUUCAGCUACUGCGUAAAGGUUUCAGUAAAAUUGAUGCUCUAGAGCCAAGUGAAGGAAUGCUGAAUCUGGCCAAGUCAAAGAACAUUUACACUCGCACAUUCCAGAACUUUCUUGGAGAAGACUCACAUUGUAUUGAGCCAGAUUAUUAUGAUGUUGCUGUUGUUUGUGGUGGGAUGGGUGAAGGUCACAUACCAUGUAAUGGGAUGGAUGAACUGGUCAGGUUUGUUAAGCCAGGUGGUCACGUGAUCAUCGUCAUGCGUGAAGAGUUCUUGACGAUCGUCGCAGAAUACAAAGACAGGCUGGAACCUCACAUGAAAAACUUGGAACAGGAAGGCAAGUGGGAGCUAGUGUCAAGGACAGUCGUGCCCAAGUACUUUCUAGACUAUACUGGUGUGAUCUAUAUCUUUAAGGUGACACAAAGUUCGACGAUUGUUGCUUAA